AGACUGUAGAUGAAACUGAUGAGAAUUCCUUAAAUAGCAUACAUUUGUGGAGAAGACAUUAUUCUGCGCAAUAAAGCAUUGUCCUUUGACCAGUAAUGAGUGACAGAACUGCCAUAUGGUAUGCGUCAGAUAGUUUUUGUUUUGGUUGCACAAGCAUGUCUUGCGCUGUUGUGGAUGACUGGUCUGAGGCAGGUCUGCAGCUGAUGACUUCCUAAUGCAUGAGCUCUCAAUAUCUGAAUGAGUUUGAAAGACCCCAGAGAAACAAGGCUUGCUAAGGCUUUUCGGACACUCGGGCGAUGGGAGAACAAACACAGGAAGUGUCAGAAAGCCGCGAUGUAAAACAGGACAUGGGUCUCACAUGGGAAUGUAGCUCUAGUAACUGUAAACUGGGGAAUUUGUCAGGUCACAGUUCUCCUCCAGGAUGCUGUAUGAUAGCAUCUUUUUGUCUCUGCCAUUUAUCCUUAUCACACAGCACAGUAGUUUGUUUAUUGUUUAUCUUAUCUGGAUUGUUUUCUCCUUAAUAUCCAUCUGAUGGCCCUAGAAGGCAGUACUUGUUCACAUACUGGGGGCUUUGCUCUAUACAUACCACCCUAUCCAUCUUACAGGUCCAAAGGGUACCAAAUGGGUAACUGGUACGUACACCCCUCCAGAUUAAAGCUUAUUUGCUAUCUCAAAAGAAUUAGACAUUUCUCAUCCCUUUCCCUGAUUGUAAUCUAAUGAUUUCCCUCUUUAACAUUUGCUGUGCCAUGCAGAAAUGUCAGAUCCAUUUGAGGCGAUUUGAUUGCUGUUGAUCCCUUGGGAAGGCUAAUGUGUAGCCAUUAUCUUCCUGAUAGACUCCAAGCUAAUUGCUGUUCAGAAAGGGCCCAUAUCAAGAGCAUCACGGCUGUUUUGUCAUUCAGCCUUGCCUUCUUUGCUUUGCUGUUUUCUGCUGAGGUCUGUAAUGUAAUGUAAUGUGUUUAAGGUUUCUGACAUGUGCUCUGUACACAUAAACACAUCACAGCUUUCUGUGUGAGCUAAUACAAAGGAGGUUAAGAGAGAAGACAGAAGGGAAUAAGAUAUAUUGUGCUUACAGAUAAAAACAGCUUACUCCAUGGGUAUUCAUGGACACAUAGCUCUGAAAAGCAUGCCUCUAAUUUACUAAAUUACGUAUGAAGCCCUGUGUAGAUUGGACAGCUCUAUUUUUGUGCUUGGAGUUAUAUCCUAAUUUCAUUUCAGAUCUUGUGACAAUCGCAGAAAAGAUGUUUAGGGUAAUCUACUAUAAUCCUUUAAAACAUGUGAAUACCAUCUGAUUCUCAAGACACAACCUUAUAUUAAGCUAUAUCAUAAACUUUAUUUUGUUGGUAUAAAUAUAAACUAUAUUUAUUUGGUACUUUUAGGUUGAAAAAAAAACAAUGGAUGGCAUCAGUAGUGAUUCAAACAUAUUUUGACUUUUGUCUUGAUUCUUGACUUGCAAAUUAAUCAUUGAAGGAAAUUAUAGAACUUCAAAAUUGUUUGAAGUUUAUGUGAUACUGUGUUUCUUUCAAUGUAUCAACAUGUGUCUUAUUUCCACUUAGGGAGGGUCCUGUUGCUUCCAUUGUCCACAGCAUGAGAUAACAUUUCUGAAAGCGCUCUUCACAACAUUCCUGUUGUUCUACUUUGGCAAAAAAACAAGAUGAACCUCUGCCUUGGGCAAGUGUUCAGCAAAGAUAAGACAUUCAGGCCACGGAAGCGCUUCGAGCCUGGCACGCAGAGGUUUGAGCUGUACAAGAAAGCCCAGGCCUCACUCAAGUCGGGCCUGGAUCUGCGCAAAGUGGUUCAGCUGCCUGAGGGCGAGAGCCUCAACGACUGGAUUGCCGUGCAUGUGGUGGACUUCUUCAAUCGCAUCAACCUCAUCUAUGGCACGGUCAGUGAGUUCUGCUCCGAGCGCACCUGCCCUAUAAUGUCCGGCGGCCCGCGCUACGAGUACCGCUGGCAGGAUGGUGACCACUACAAAAGGCCCACCAAGCUACCCGCGCUGAUGUACAUGAACCUGCUCAUGGACUGGAUCGAAACGCUCAUCAAUAACGAGGACAUCUUCCCCACAAGAAUAGGUGUUCCUUUCCCAAAGAACUUCCAGCAGGUGUGCAAGAAGAUCUUGAGCCGACUGUUCCGAGUCUUCGUCCACGUGUACAUCCACCACUUUGAUGUUAUUUGCAGUAUGGGGGCAGAGGCUCACAUAAACACCUGCUAUAAACACUACUACUUCUUCAUCUCUGAGUUCAGCCUCAUCGAACACUCAGAGCUUGAGCCUCUGAAAGAAAUGACAGAAAAAAUCUGUAACUAAUGAGCAAGUAACUCAUGGAACCAUUGUACCAAUGGACCACCAGCAUCACACCAAAAAACGAAGAUCCAAGCAAGCGGACAGUAGGUCUAGCAUAGGCCUAUACUUCAGGAGACCUAGGCUAAUUCAUUCUGAUGAUGGCUUGCCUUUUUCUUGACUUUCUUAUUACAGUGAUAAUACUUUAUUGAUGCUGUUUCUGAAACUGUGGUAUCCUCUGCUGUUUCUUAAACUUUGGUGUCUUUUUUCCAGCUUAUUUAUGCAUGUUAAGUUUCAGUACAUUUUUGGACAGCAAAUGUGAUUUAGUUUUUUUCAUAUAAAAUGUUUUUUUUUUCUGCAUGACUUUUAUAGCAGAAAUGAUGAGCCGAAAUUCUUUAACUACAGAGCCUACACUUGAAUCAUUAACAUUCCAGUGUUGUAUGACACCAUUUGGGAUAGGCACAGCGAACAGUGACAACAGGCUACCAAGACAGUUGUUUCCACUUAAGUAUUCAUCAAUAUGUACUUGUUCUAGAAGUGCCAGAUAUCCAGUAGGCUGGUUUUAUUUAUUGUUCAGAUUAAAUCUCAGCUAACCUUCAAUUGUUGAUUUUGGUACCAUGCUUAAAAAGCAGUGUAUAGGCCUAAUGUAUAAUUUGUCAUGUUGUUGUUGUUAUUGUUGUUUUUAAUAAUAAAUGCAGUAGCCUAGCCUGUUAA